GGGACUCUGCAAAGCUGGGUGUGCUGGAAGAAGAGGAGGAGGAGGAGGUGGCCUCUGCCCCCCUACAAGUGGCCUCCCAUGGACACCAAGACACAGAACCCUCCCAUCACCCACACCCAGCCCUAUAGCAACUCUCGGCCCCAAAGCCACACCUGCAACCAGUGCAAUUGCAGCCACCACUGCCAGAACUGCAGCCAUGGCUGCAGCCGGAGCCAGAGUUGCAGCCGAAGCCGGAUCUCCAGUCAAAGCCCGACCGGCCACCGCAGCCCACCCGGCCACCAAAUCCAGAGUCCAAGCCCCAGCCCGCCACCACGGCAUCACAAACACACCACGCACUCCCACCACUGCCCCAUGAGGCCCACCACCCACUCCUGCAGCUACACCAAGAGCAGAAAGAACUUGGAAGGAAACGUGAGAAAGAGGAAGGUGGUCAAUAGGAGACAGCAGGUGUACAAAACAAAGAGGCGAAGCUCAGGGCGGAAAUAGAACUGAGAUCGCACUCCAUGGCUUGUUCCUGUGUCAGUUUCACCCAAAUGAGAAACACCAUCAUGCAUGGAAUGCUAGAGGGAAGUCAAACUUUUUGCAGGAACGUGUUACUACAAGUGAUUUCUACGCAACAAUGAUUAAAGCUUGUACACUGGAUGA